AUGGUCCACUGUGCAGGCUGCGAGAGGCCUAUACUGGACAGGUUCCUGCUCAAUGUGCUGGACAGAGCGUGGCACAUCAAGUGUGUGCAGUGCUGCGAGUGCAAAUGCAAUCUGACUGAGAAAUGCUUUUCUCGAGAAGGGAAACUCUAUUGCAAAAAUGACUUCUUUAGGCGCUUUGGGACAAAGUGCGCAGGUUGUGCUCAGGGCAUCUCGCCCAAUGACCUGGUCCGCAGAGCGCGCAGUAAAGUGUUCCACCUCAACUGCUUCACCUGCAUGAUGUGCAACAAACAGCUGUCCACGGGGGAGGAACUCUACAUCAUAGACGAGAACAAAUUCGUGUGCAAAGACGACUAUUUAAGUAACACCACCGUGAAAGACACCAACCUUCUCUCGGUAACAGCCUGCAGUGAUCCGAGUUUAUCGCCCGAUUCCCAAGACCCGCUUCAGGACGAUGUGAAGGACUCGGAAAUCGCCACCUUGUCGGACAAAGAAACGGUGAACAACGAGAACGACGACCAGAACCUGGGCGGGAAGCGGCGCGGCCCGCGCACCACCAUCAAAGCCAAACAGCUCGAGACGCUAAAGGCGGCGUUCGCGGCCACGCCCAAGCCCACGCGCCACAUCCGGGAACAGCUCGCGCAGGAAACCGGACUCAACAUGCGCGUCAUCCAGGUGUGGUUCCAAAACCGGCGCUCUAAAGAGCGGCGCAUGAAGCAGCUGUCGGCCCUGGGCGCGCGGAGACACGCGUUUUUCCGGAGUCCGCGGAGGAUGCGCACGCUGGUGGACCGCCUGGAGCCAGGAGAACUCAUCCCCAACGGCCCUUUCUCCUACUACGGAGAUUAUCAGAGUGAUUACUAUGGACCAGGAGGGAAUUAUGACUUCUUUCCUCAAGGGCCACCAUCCUCACAGGCCCAGACCCCAGUGGACCUCCCUUUCGUCCCAUCAUCAGGACCCACUGGCACCCCAUUAGGGGGCAUGGACCAUCCCAUCCCUGGGCAUCAUCCAUCUAGUGAAGUACAACGCUUUUCAGACAUCAUGUCUCACCACCCAGGAGAGUCGCCCAGCCCAGAACCUGGGAUCCCUGGACCUCUGCACAGUAUGUCGUCUGACGUGUUCGGCCCUAGUCCCUCGUUUACCUCACUCUCCCUCAAUGGAAGCGGAUACAACAACCACCUCUCCCAUCCCCCUUCGGAAAUGAACGAGGGCACGGUCUGGUAG